CCGGUGGCGGAUGAGGCGGAAGUGACUGCGGGCGCUGCCUGGGGAGAUGGCGGCGGAGCGGGUGCUGCCCGCCUCCCCUAACUGGUACUGCAGCCGCUGCUGCGACAUCUGCGGGGCCGGCCGCCUCUUCGGCUUCGGGGCCAGGAACAGCGUCUGCCUGCUGGAGAUCGGCGCCGCGCCCGCCUUCCACGGGGAACUUGUAGGCCAUGCAGAAAGGGUUUCUGGUUUCACGUUUUGUCACUAUCCUGGUCAGAGCAACUUCUGUGCCAGCAGCUCUGAUGAUGGAACUGUGAAAAUCUGGGAUACGCAGACGCUGACUGUUGUGACUGAACAUAUGCUGCAUCAGAAUACGAUCUCAGCCUUGCAUUGGUCAUCUCAUGUGAAAGAUUUGGUUGUGUCCGGUGAUGAGAAAGGGACAGUCAUUUGUUACUGGUAUAACAGAAACGACAGCCAGCAGUUCUUCCCAGAGCCCAGAACUAUAUUCUGUCUAGCUUGUUCCCCGCAUCAUGAGAACUUGGUGGCCGUCGGCUAUAAAGAUGGCAUGGUGGUUAUAAUCGACAUCAGCAGGAAAAGAGAAGUUGUUCAUAGACUGAGAGGCCAUGAUGAUGAAAUUCACUCUCUGGCGUGGUGCCCUGUGCCUGGUGAAGAAGCGUUAUACAGUUGGCAAGAAGAGCUUCAAGAAGGCGAGGUUCCAAAUGGAGAGCUAAUGCAGGAGGCAGCUGUAACGAAAGGCUGUUACCUGGCAUCAGGAAGCAAAGAUCAGACCAUCCGAAUCUGGAGCUGCGCUAGAGGCAGAGGGAUGAUGACCCUGAAGUUGCCCACUCUGAAGAGAAGAAGUGGAGGUGUUGACCCUGCUAUUAAAGAGCGCAUUUGGCUGACUGUUCACUGGCCCUGUGGCCAUCCCACAGAAAUUGUAUCCAGCUGCUUUGGAGGUGAGCUGCUGCUAUGGGAUUUGACCCAAUCUGGGAAACGCAAGUGGACGCUUCUGGGAUCUUCUUCAGAAGGGCAAAAUCACACAAGGAUUGUGUUCAAUUUAUGUUCAGUGCAGGCAAACGGGAGAGAGCUACUUCUUUCCAUUUCAAUGGACAGGGAUGUAAAGUGUUGGGACCUGACGACUUUAGAUUGCUGCUGGACUCUGCCUUCUCUCGGGGGCUUUGUCUACAGCCUGGCCUUCUCCCCCGUGGACACAGGCUGCCUUGCCAUAGGUGUUGGGGACAGCAUGAUCCGGGUGUGGAACACCUUGUCUCUGAGCAAUACUUACGAUGUGAAAACAUUCUGGCAGGGCAUCAAAUCCAAGGUCACAGCUCUCUCCUGGCAUCCGACUAAAGAAGGCUGCUUAGCCUUUGGAACGGACGAUGGCAAGGUUGGCAUGUACGACACCUACUCCAGCAACAUCAAAAAUAGGCCGCCUCAGAUCUCUAGCACCUAUCACAAGAAGACUGUGUACACGUUAGCCUGGGGACCUCCAAUUCCCCCUCUCUCUUUUGGAGGCAAUGGUGACAGGCCCUCUGUAACAUUAUACAGCUGUGCAGGUGAAGGUAUUGUCUUACAGCACAAUCCUUUGAAGCUUAGUGGAGAGGCAAAUGACAUCAAUAAAGUCAUCAGAGACACUAAUUCAAUCAAACACAAAUUGCCUGCACGCACUGAAAUCAGCUGGAAACCAGAUGGAAAAAUCUUGGCUCUUGGUAACGAAGAUGGAUCAAUUGAAAUAUUUCAGGCUCCUAACUUGAGAUUGCUCUGCACCAUCCAGCAACAUCAUAAACUGAUUAAUGCUAUUCGCUGGCAUCAUGAGCAUGGGACCCAGCCAGAGCUGAGCUACGUGAUAGCAUCAGGCUCAAUCAAUGCCAUCAUUUAUGUGCAUAACCUAAAGAGUGUCAUAGAGAGCUCUUCAAAAACCCCUGUGACGAUAACAGAGCCUUUUCGAACUUUGGUGGGGCACACGGCUAAAAUCACCAGUCUGUCAUGGAGCCCGCAUCACGAGGGGAGAUUAGUAUCUGCUUGCUAUGAUGGCACAGCACAGGUAUGGGAUGUUCUGAAGGAGGAGCCACUGUGCAAUUAUCGAGGACACCGGGGCCGGCUGCUUUGUGUUCAGUGGUCACCAGUGGAUCCAGAUUCUGUUUAUACAGGAGCAGAUGACUUUUGUGUUCAUAAAUGGCUAACCUCAAAGCAGGAAUAUACCCGGCCCCCUCAAGGCAAAAAGAGCACAGACUUGGAGAAAAAAAGGAGCUCUCAACCCAAACCCAAAGCUAAGAAGAAGAAAAAGCCCAUGGGGAAGGUUCCAGCAAAGCAGGAUGUGAGCAACACAGUGAAUGGAGAAGAGGUUGUAGACAAUUUGUUAGAUGAGAAUGGGAUAUCAGACCCUGAGGAAGAAAAGGAAGCGCAGGAGUUCUCUGACAAGGUCUUUCUGGCAGUUUCAAAGGAGCUCCCUUUGUGUCCACGUGUUUGUUCUGUGUCUGACCUGCCAAAAUCUUUCAUGAACCAUAAAACCACUCCCGUGAAAAAGGAUCACCCUAAAGAGAAACCAGUCCCUGAUGCCUCUGUGAAGAAGAGAAAACCUCGGUCUAUCCUACCCAUCAGCACAUCUAUGGACCAGAGGUCGAAAGACGAAUUGCAUCAGGACUGCUUGAUGCUGGCUACAUGUCUAAGAUCCAAAGGCCUGAAUGAGGGUUUGGCCCCAGACUCAGGGGAUCACGUUCAUUUGGGGAUGUUUACAGAUAGAGCUGCAGUGUACAGGAUGAUGGAGGUGGAAGGAAAAAGCCACUUGGAGAAUGGGCACUCGGAGUUAUUUCAGCAGCUCAUGUUGUGGAAAGGAGAUCUGAAGGGCAUCCUCCAGUCAGCUGCUGAGCGGGGAGAGUUGACAGACCAGCUGGUAGCAAUGUCACCCAUGGCUGGCUAUCAGGCCUGGGUGUGGACAGUAGAAGUUUUCGCGAAACAGCUGUGCUUUCAGGAACAGUAUGUCAAGGCUGCCUCCCAUCUCCUCUCCAUUCACAAAGUGUACGAGGCUGUGGAGCUACUGAAAACAAACCAUUUUUACAGGGAAGCGAUUGUAAUUGCCAAGGCCAGAUUGCGUCCAGAAGAUCCAGUCCUGAAGGAUCUCUACACCUGCUGGGCAGCAAUAUUGGAAAAAGAUGGUCAUUAUUCCACAGCAGCCAAAUGUUACCUGGGGGCUGCCUCUCCCUAUGAUGCAGUUAAAGUGCUGGCAAAAAAAGGGGAUGUGACAUCCCUUAAAACGGCUGCAGAGCUGGCUCAAAUAGUUGGAGAGAAGGAUCUGGCGACAACGUUUUCUUUUCGGUGUGCUCAGGAGCUGCUUUCGGCCAGGAAUUGGGUGGGGGCACAGGAGGUCCUUCAGCAGCAGGAAAGCUUAUUGGGACAAAGACUAGUUUUCUGCCUUAACGAAUUGCUGUGCAAAUGCCUUAGCGAAAGGAACCCAACUGAGCGGAAAAGCUGCUCCCUGCCCUGUUACCACAGCUGGGUUAUGAGGAGCCAGGGCUCUUUCCUGGAGAUGGUGAGCGAGGUGUGGCGGAGCGUGUUUGAUGUGAAUACCACUGAACAAGCCAGGGCUGUAUUUGAGCAGCUGCACAGUAUUGAGUAUCCUCCUGCCACCAGCAACACACAUCCCAAACAGCUCCUGUUCCAUAUCUCCCACGAUCUGACCCUAGCAGUGCUGAGCCAUGAGACAGCUGCAUGGAAUGAGGCAGUGAAGGCUCUUCUUGGAGCUGUGACCCGCAGCUAUGAUGCUGGGAACUUUAUUCUUAUGCAAGAAAUCUGCAGUCUCCUCCUUCCCAAAGGCUGUGAUCACCUGAGAGACAAUCUGGACAGCACAAACACCCAGAGCAUGGCGGCUUACAGAAGUUUAGAGGGCUUUGUGGCUUAUGGGCUGCUGUAUGAUCUAUGGUGGAACCUACCCAAGGAUUCCCUUGUCUCGCUACAGGCUGUGCUGGAUUCUGUGCCAUGUCCUAGUGAGCAGACAGCUGUUGACCAGAGCUACCUUACAGCUGUCUCUUCCCCUGAAGAAACUACUAAUCAAACUGAGAUGGAAGAAAACCUACCCAGCACAGACCAUGAUAGCAGGACAGAAAGAAACAGAACAGCUAGCUUAAGCGGUUUGGGAGAGAGGCAGUUGAAACUGAAUGGCUAUAAAAUGCUCCUUUCCGAAGCACAUGCUGCUUUGCAGAGCACCCAAAAGGAUAUAUCUGAGGUCCAGCAGACAUUGGCAGACAUGAUCCGCCAGCACCAGCGGAAUAACCUCCAGGAAAGCAUAAAAGAGGGUGCGCAGGAAAGCAAGAUGCAUGUGAGCUCCGAAAUCGAAUCGGAUGGGCUGGUGCCCCCAAGCAGCCAGAGCCAGUGUAAAGAAGCAGCAAAGGAACCAGUUUCCCUGCCUGAGCUGAUGAAACAGCUCACAGAGGCAAACCAGAAAUUAGCAGAAUUCCCAGAGAGUUUAAAGGUCUUCCCUUUCCCAGAUGUGCUGGAGUGUGGCCUUGUGCUACUUCACAUUGGAUCCCAGUGCCCCACAGAGCUGAGUCCAGAACUGCAGCAACAGGCCUUGGACCUGGUUAGGAAAUACAGCAGAGCUAAAGUUUAUGAAAAAAUCUGCAGGAAGUUCUUAACGUGAAGUUAUAUUCAAGCCUAGGCAGCCUGAGUUACCAGCAGCUGCUCCAAGCCAGGGCUGUACUGUUCUUUUUGAAGUGAAGAACUGUCUCUGGUCACCAUACUUUGGAGAAUGCUUUGUUCUAGAAAAUGGAGUACCAAAAAUCAAGUAUACAGACAGACUCCCACUAACUGUCAGUUACUAAUGACCCCUUACAGCUGCAUAAUUGAUACUGUGCUUGUAAAAGUGGAAAGCUAGGGCCCUUUGCCUUUAAUAUAUACAUCUUGUAUAAAUUAACUUUUUUCCUAAAAAUGUGGGGGGAGGGGAAAUUAUGCCAGAGGAGCCCUUGAAUUUACAUACACAUUUGUAACCAAAUUAGACAGCUACAGCUACAGCCACACUUUGGCAGUAAAAAGGUUGUAGUUGUUAUCUAAUUAAAGACCAGUAACUUGAUUUAAUUUUAAGCAACCUACUAAACCCAGUUUGUCUUGGGCACAUGAGGUUUUGGGUUUGGUUUGGUUUGGUUUAUUUUGGCGGGGGGCGUGUUUUGCUCUCUCUUUAAAUAAAAGUCUUACAUUUUGAGCUUUUGAAUUUAUUUUGAAAGGUGGGUGGGGAGAAAGAAACCUGAGGUUAUUUUUGAAAGGUAUUAGUAUUGAGCUGACAGUCAGGUUUUAUUCACAUUGUACCAUAUGCUACUUUAGGUUCAGUUCUGUCAAACAAGAAAUCUUCCUGACUAAAUGAAGUCUCUUCAUGUUCAUCUUAGGGGAAGGUAGGAGUGGCAACCUUUUAUGAAUGUUUGCUGAAGAGGAAAGUAGGUUCCUCUUGUUGCUACAUUGAUGGUAUAUUUGGCUCUAACAGUAGUUCAGGCGAGAUGUAAAAAUCAAGGCCUUUGGUAUGUGUAAUCAGUAAGUGUUAGAGGUGAACUAAGUAACUGUUGACCCUUAAUAUUUCAUGUACAACUAGCCUCAGGAUUCACAUAAGGCUUUGCUUGUUUUAAUUGAAAUGUCAGUUCUUCCCUUGAAGCCCAGACUUUUGCUGUCACAAAAAGCUGAGCAGCAGCUGCCUAAGCAUGUUUUGCUGAGUAAGAGUGCAGCAUGCAGGUCCAAUAACCCCUGUAACUGAGUCCAGCAAGUGUUCAGAAGAAUGAAUUUACAUACAAGGGCGAGGAAAUUCAGGAUGAAUAAAGCUGGAGCACUUGUUUUGGUCCAGCAUGUAAACUUGACUUAAAGGGAAGGUUUAAUAGAGUAUUAAAACUGCUUUGGCAGAGCAGAGAUAGGGAGCAGUAUAUUCAUUAUGCUAAGGAAAAGAUCACUUAUAGACCUGGAGUCCCAAAUAUUGAUCUGAUGAACCCUUGUAGGUGGUCCAUGGAGAACCAGGUAACCCUAGAAUCAUGGUGGUUGUGUGCAAGGCAAGAUGCCUGGAAACAAGAAGAGGGUGCUAUUGCUCCAUAAGGAAGUACCCUUCACCCUCUGCUAAGGCAGGCAUAGCUGUGCCUGGAGGAAGCUGCUGCCCUCACCAUAGGACAAAGAUACAAGGGAAACAGUCAGCUUCUAUCGCAGACUGGCCUCACAUGCAAGGCCUCAAGAGAACACACCAUAAGAAAACUCUGCUCUGUUUCUCACCUCAGACUUGGGAACCAACAGCCGCCAUUUGCACGUAUUUAGGGCUGGAGUACAGCUACCCUCUAAUCAUGUGUUCAUUCCCUUUUCUGAACUGUAGAACCUCCCACAUUCAUUACAGCCAACAUAAUCUGUCCCAAGAUACAAACUAGGUGCCUGAAGUUGGUUAAUGGGUAUCCCACAACUAGCAAUGUGCAGCAGGUAAAGAUCCAUUAAUUCUUAGAUGAAGCACAGUUGCAUUAGUCUGUCUGGUCAGUGCUGCCAUGCUCAUAUCCUGCUACAUUUUACCUAUAGAAAAUUUGGAAAAGUUAAUGUAGAACAGUUAGUUGCUCUCCAUGAAGUACUUGGCUGCAAGUUCAAUAAUUGCAGUAAGUGUUAGAAUUAACUAGAAAAGAUCAAAACUGAUAAGUGGUUUAAAAAAAAAUCUUUAUUUUACAAAAUUAAAAACAUCAAUAGUAUUUACACACAUUUUAAAUACCAGCUUAUAACAUUUUAAUCAUUGCAAAAAAUCAAGAAUUUUUAUAAGCUUGUUAAAAUGCAAAACUCAGAAAUAGAGUUUUAAUUUGCUCUGGGCAAAAGUUUUGGGUUUUCUUUUAAACAUAUUUCCAAGCUGUUCAAAAAUAUAGGUAUGUGCUUUUAGAAUAUCUAAUAUUUAAAAAAGAAUUGUGAGCCUCCCACCCUUGGGAUAUUCUCUAUAAAAGGGAAAUCCAAUUGCUUUGCCAGGCUGUUAAAUAACUAAAAUAUAAAACUAGAGCCACUUUUUCACAUUUAUGCACCUACUAAACUUGUUCAUGCUGUAAUGAAAAGGGUAAAAUCUUCCACAUUAUCAGGUAAUAUCAAGUAGCUGAAGUCAACAUCAAUUUUGGUCCAAACUGUUACAAAUCUUUUCUAGAAAAGGCAAACUUCUAGGCCAUUUUAAACAACUGCAGAACAGUAUAUUGUAUUAAUCCUAUGAGACGACAGAUGAGUCUUACAGGUGGGACACACCUCUGUGACACAACAGUACUAAAGAAAGUGGGAAAUUGUACUGAAUUAGGAGCUAUGAAGGUGGUUGCCUCAGCUUCAAAUACACCAUGUCUGACUGUUACCAAGACAGGUCUAUUUCAGUGUUUUAGCUCCUGGGAAAGUCUGUUACAUUAUCCUGUCCCAAAACUCUGCCAUGAACGAGUGGGUCAUUUCUACAGAAGAAUACACAAAGAUAAAAACAAGCAAAGGGUGAGGGGCAGAUGUCACCCUUACAGCCAA